AUGGAUCAACAAAACGGAGUUUCCAGAAGAGAACAAUCACUUUCUCCAAGAAGUGCUGGUUAUCGUGAAAUGUCUUCGUCUCCAAAAAGAAGAAGAAGCCCAUCUCCCAGACACAAUCGCACCAGUGGAAGAGAAGAUAGAUACAGGGAUGAUCGUUAUACCAGAGAUAGUAGAUAUAGCCGUGAUAAUCGUGAUAGUCGUGAUAGUCGUGGUUAUUAUGGUAGAAGUAGUUAUCGUGACGAUAGAGGAUAUCGAGAUUACCCAUACCCUUAUGAAAGAAGAGCUCCUCCAAGAAGAACCAAACCAAUUGACCGUGGCUCUGAUAAAGAAAGAAGUGAUACAACGACACUUUAUGUUGGUAAUAUUCCAUAUACUUUUCGUGAGCAUGAUGUCGCAGAUAUGUUUGAAAGAUACGGGCGAUUGAGAAAAGUAACUGUUCAAUUGGAUAAUUAUACUGGAAGAAAUAAAGGGUUUGCAUUCGUAGAAUUCGAGGAUAGGAAAGAUGCAGAAGAUGCAUAUGAUAAAUAUCAUGGUGCUAACAUUGAAGGUCGUAGAUUAAAGUUAGAUUGGGAUAUUGGAUUGUCAAGAAAAGAUCAACAUCGUAAAGAAAAGCCCGGUUAUGCAGAGCAUGGUCGUCCACCUUAUGAUUCAUAUGAUCGUGGAGCUUCGCCACCCGAAGUGAGAGAAUUAAGUCCAAAUUAUAGAUCUGGUGCUCGUUCACCAAGUCCUUAUUCCCGUCAAUAUUAA